GCUCAAGCCUUCAGUAGUUACACUGUGUUAGCGUUAUACAGAACUGAUAGUUAAGUUAGUUCUGGUUUCAACUUAAGAUUAAUUCUAAGAAAGUAAGAAACACAUUAUGACGUAAAUAUGGAUUUAUUUGUGACGUUGAUAUUGCUGUCUAUACCAGCAUAUGUGACGUCAUCAAACAGCACAGAUACAACACCUAUUGUGACAAGCGCCACAAACGGGCCGACCACAUCUUUUACAGACAAUGGAUCAAACGCGACUUUAUUUUCAACCACCGCAACAACAUUGUUUGUCACUAUGACGUCACAAUCGACCUCGCCUAAUAAAACAACCAAUGCAACUAUCACUGUGACGUCACAAACAUCAAACAUAGCAACAACAAGAGAGCCAUCGACUCAAGGCUUAACCACCAAACCCACAAGUUCACCCGAAGGAACAACAACCGUAGGAACAACACCCGUAUCAACAACAACACCCGUAUCAACAACAACACCUGUAUCAACAACAACACCUGUAUCAACAACAACACCCGUAUCAACAACAACACCCGUAUCAAUCCCACCAAAGGAUAACAGUACAACCAUAUUAGCCGUUGUGCUUACCAUAUUCGGGUUGAUUCUCAUCCUAUUUAUAAUCCUCCUAUAUUGCUACUGUUACGAUAAAGGAGGAUCCUGCUCCAGGAGGAUCGGGGACGAAGACAUUCCACUCAACGACGCUAGUGGGCGCCACAGGAAGAGCGUUCAUGGAAAAAAUAAAGUGUUUCCUGUUGGCAACAUGGCGAUCGGAAUCGAAGAAUUUGCGACCGUUUAUAAAAACAAGUCAGCUGACGACAAUCGUAACUUUAGAAUGGAGUUUCAAGCUGUGCAGUCGGGAGUUAGCGAUAAAACCGAAGCUUUGAAAAGCGUUAAUUUAAUCAAGAAUAGGUACGACAAUGUGGUUCCCUAUGACGUAACAAGGGUGGUUAUUACGCCAGGCAGCGAUCCAGCGGACACGGAUUAUAUUAACGCUAAUUAUGUUUCGGGUUACAUGAAGGCAAAGAAAUGGAUUGCAUGUCAGGGACCAAAGAAAGAAACAUUUAAUGACUUUUGGAAAAUGGUUUGGGAACAGAACUGUGCAACAAUAAUAAUGGUCACAAGGCUGGUGGAAAAUGGAAAACCAAAAUGCGAUCGGUAUUGGCCCGUGGAGAAAGAAAUAUAUGGGGAUUAUGAUGUCACACUUGUGGAGGAAAAGAAUCGGAACUUUUUUGUCGUUCGAAGAUUUGAGAUAAAACAUGGAGACGUAGAGAGGUCGGUCACCCAGUUUCACUAUAUUUCAUGGCCGGACUUUGGGGUUCCAUCCAACGCUGCUCAUCUGCUUAAGUUUCGACGCAGGGUUUGUUGCUCCAACCCAUGUGAUGCAGGGCCCGUUGUAAUCCAUUGUAGCGCUGGUGUUGGACGGACAGGAACGUAUAUCCUAAUUGAUGCAGCGUUGGAACAAAUUGAGAAAGAAGGAAAAACAGAUUUAUUUACUUUGCUUAACAACAUGAGGAAGGAAAGGAUGAUGUUGGUUCAAACCGAUCCCCAAUAUGCGUUCGCCCACAAAGCUGUCCUAGAACAAAUCAACUUUGGGGUAACUGAGGUCCCGGCUGCAAAGUUUAAGAAACAAGUUUAUGAAUUGAGGGAAGGCUUGGAUUCGAGCACGGAAAGUUUGCUGGAGAUGCAGUUUAAGAAAUUAUUGAAUAUUCCGAUCCAUAAAGAGAAUCUAAAACAUGGAAGGCGAAGUUUAAAGAAAAAUCGCGUUUUGCAGAUCAUACCAUAUGAUAGUAAUCGAGUGAUGUUACCGCGGAAACCAGGAAACGAACAUUCAGAUUAUAUAAACGCUUCGUAUAUCGACGGAUUUGAAAAAGCUCAAACAUUCAUCGCAACUCAAGGGCCUAUGCAGGAAACGGCUGAAGAUUUUUGGACAAUGGUUUGGGACAAACAACUAACUACUAUUGUAAUGUUGACAAGGCUUGAGGAAAAAGGUAUCAACACCUGCUACAAAUAUUGGCCGUCGUUGAACGAGGGAACAAUCGAAUACGGUGACAUCACAAUCACCUUUGUCACGGAGGAAGAUGACGACGUCGUGGAUUAUGUCGUGCGUGAAUUCAAGAUAUCGUCCUCGCAGGUGGCGGGUGUAGAACGGUUGGUUCGGCAGUUUCACUACCAAGCGUGGCCGGACAUUGGGUCCGGGUCACCCAAGGACGCACAAGGAUUGAUUGAGAUUGUUGCACGAGUGGCACGAGUUGCACAAAGUGACACAAACAAACCACCUACAGUGGUUCAUUGUAGCAGUGGUGGGGGGAGGACAGGUGUUUAUUGUUGUUUAACAAUCCUGAUUGAAGAGUUGGAGAAAGAUGGGACGGUCGAUGUGUUUCAAACGGUACGCCAUCUCCGUGAACAACGACCACACAUUAUACAAAACCAGGAACAACUUUACUUCUGUUAUUUAUCGUUGCUACAAUAUCUUGAAUCAAAUCAGGUAUCGGACACUGACACAACAGUAAGCAACAUACCACCCAUGGAAAAUCUGCAGCAACCAACCAACCAUCAACUUACGUCAUCCAUGAAUAAUCAAGUAGACUUCACUUCUAUGAUGGAUAACGAUGACGUCAUCAACGCGUCAUCCAACGAUGACGUCAUCAACGAAUCAUCCAACGAUGACCUCAUCAAUUCAUCCUCCAAUGAUGACGUCAUGAUUAUUAAAAACGAAUGAUUUUAUCAUUGUGACGUCAUACAUUAUUGUGUUGUCUAACAUCUUUAUAUUACGAAAUAAUCAGUAUUUGUUACAAUUACGAAGCGCAUUCUUUAAAGUGAUUUUUGUUUUAUAUUAAACAGAAACUUAAUUAA